AAAAACAAUAUUGUUAUAUUGAUUAACGAAGUUAAAGAUAAAAUGAAAAUAAAUUUAAAUACUACUCUUUUGACUUGCAUAGCUUGGAUGGUAAGCAAUACAACUGCAGAUGUAUUUAGUCUUUAUGUUAAUGAAGAAGUAGACACAACAAAAUUGAAUCUAGUUGCAAUCUUAUCAAAUAUUGGAAAAGAGUACACUGUAUACUUUGAAUUAAAACCAAGUUCUUUUCCAUCAACAUGGCCAUCCAUUAUCCACUUAACUAUUGGAGGUUCUCUCAAUGCCUAUGGUGACAGGUCACCGGGCGUUUGGAUAAAAAAUGACGGAAAACAAACUCCUUUAAUUUGCGCAGCAUUAAAUAACGUUCCUGGCGUAGGUUCUUGUUUUCCUGGAAAUCCACUUGCAAUAAAUGCGUGGAGUACCUUUACAUUUCAACAGCUGUUUGUUCAAAAUACUUACUUUUACCUAGUAAAGAUAAACAAUGAUAUAGUUUAUAAUAAAACGAACUCUAAAGCAGUACAAUUUCAAAAUAUGAAAGUUUACAUUGGUAGAACUCCAUGGUUUCCUACAAUUUCUGGAUUCAUUCGUAAUUUAGAAAUAACAAAUGUCACUUUGGAUUCGUUGGUUGUUGAGGAAGCAGAUUCUUGUCAAGGAAACCAGUUAGGUUUUCUAAAAACUCUUUCUAAAGAAUACUUAAUUUCAAUUGAAGUUUUUCCAGCAUACCUUGAAGAUGGAAUAAAUAGUGUUCUACGCUUCACAAACGGAGACAAUGAUGGUACUUAUGGAGAUAAAAUUCCAGCUGUGUGGCUAUAUAAAAACGGAAGUUUGCAAAUUUGUUCGGCAAUCAACGGCAAUUCUAACUUUUGCAUUAAUACAAAGCCGAUUAAAGCAAAAGUAUGGUCAAAAAUCGAAAUUAAACAGGUUAUUGUAGAUGGAGGUUAUAGUUACAGUGUAAAUUUAAAUGGUGAAACAUCCUUUACAACAAGUAACUCCGACGUAAGAGAAUUUCUAAAUGUUAAAAUUUAUACUGGAGAUCCCUGGAGCCAAGCACAAACGGGAUACAUUCGAAAUUUGGUUAUAUAUAAUGGUUAUGGAGUCGUAACAAGCAAGAAGAACUUUUGCAAACCUUCAUUGAACAUUGAUUUUGAGUUUUUACUUGAAGAAAGCACAUUUUCGAUAAUUAUUUUAUUCGAAAAUGCUGACGAACCAGGAAAAAGUGCUCAUAACUUAUCUCUUGAAUAUUAUCUCCCAUCAUUUGUUUCUAUGACAACUGAAAGCAUGUUAAAUGGAUUUAUUAAAGAUGACUCUUCAAGAAUUAAAUAUCAUUUCCCUGGAAAGCUUACUUUACUUGGUAACUUUAACCAUUCAAUUAAUGUUACACUUAUGAAAAAAUGUACUCAGUUUGCAUAUUCUUUUAUGAUUGAUGCGUAUGUAAAAAUUUCUUAUCAAAGCUCAGCAGGAAAAAUAUGGAGUCAAUACAAAGCAUUUCAACAAGAGAUAUUUAUGAAAACCUGUCAAAUCAAAAUACCAAAAACUUUAAACUCGUUACCAGAAAACCUUGGCCGCGGAGUUUACUGGGACGCUAAUUACCAGCAUAUUUAUUUAUGUAUGGAUCAAGACGUUGUCACAACAAAGGCAGCGUGUUACUUUUCUAAAAACAAUGGUAAACGUUGGCAAGCUUUAGAUGUUCGAAUUGGUACAAUAAUUGGGCACCAUGCAUUAACACGAGAUCUAUAUGCUAUUCACCGAAAUCAUAAAUUGUAUUUGAUGUUUUCCAGUGUGCUAAAGAAAUGGGUAGCUUUGUCAAACAAUCAGUUUACCAAGGAAGUUUUAAUGAAUAUUGAUCUAAAAAACAGAGUUAAUCUCGAAGAAGAUGAUAAAAAAAUAUUUAGUUUAGGACCGAACCAAUGGAUGGGGAACGCGGACGGGUUAUUUUUUCGAAAAUCAAGCAAUGAGUUAUGGAUCCAAACAGUAAAAUGGCCUCUUUUACAACAAUCAAUUCAAACAUAAAAUGGAUUGCGUUUUGUUUUACUAUUUUAAACAAAGACCUAUAAGUUAAUAGUAAAUAAAAGCUCUGAAAUAGAUUAAAUCAGACUAGACUCAAUGUAUUAAAUUACUAUAAAGAAAAUAUUUUUAUCUAAUCUUGUUAA